CUGGUUGCUGUGGUAACGAAGAAGCGGAGAGACUCGUGGCGGGGGGUUGACAACUUUCGUUGCUUUCCUGGCUCCGUUUGGGGGUUUUGUGGCAGUUCUCUGAUAUUCUUUCAAACCUACAGAAAGAAAUGGAUCGACAUAUACCUGUGUAUCCUUUACCAGAAGAAAUAAGAAAGAUGUCCCGAGAUGAGACAGUCUGUAAAUAUUGUGGAGUCAGUUAUUUGAUUCUUCAUGAAUUUAAGCUACUGGAAGAGAAAGUAAAAGCAAUGGAAAAGAAGGUGAAGUUUUAUGAGGGCAGUGUGGAACGGGAGAAAAUACUGCAAGAAAAACUACAGUGCCUAAGUCAAGAUUUUGAACAAUGCACAGCAGCUAGUGAAUCAAAAACAGAAAGAAUGAAAGAAUUAGUUACUGAGCUUGAAAAUAAGGAAACUAUAGUAGUAAAUCUAAACAAACAGCUGAGAAGCUUCCACAAAGAGAAGGAAAUUAUAUGGAGACAGUCACAAUUGUUCCAGAAAACAUUGGAACAACAUAAAUUCAUCCUAAAGAAAGCCUUUAGUCUUCUUCCCUAUAUCAGGGGAGAACUAAACAAUUUUAAAGAAGAAAUAUUUGGUUUUCUCAAAAAAUGGAUUUCACUAAAAGGACAGAUAUUUUUACAACUAAAAAACAUAAAUAUAAUAGGACUGGCAGAAGUAUCCAGUUUGAACCAAAGCUUAUGUGAGUGUCAGAGGGAAAAUAUCAUCCUUCAGGAAGAGGUGGAGCACCUAAGACUGAAGUUGGAUGUGGCUGCACUGGAAGCUAAGCAACUUCAAGCUUCUCUUUUACGAGAUAAUGAAUUACAAAACAGAUGUAAUGAAUUACAAAAGAAAACACAAGGCAAGAGAAGGAUGUUAAUUUUUUAAAAAGUGACUAACAGCAUGUUUUAAAUACAUGUAUUAUUGCAGUAGACAAUCUGUAAAGGCAGAAAUGGGGAACUGUAAUUUCCUAUUAUGAGCAUAAAACUACAUGAACCACUGAUUCAUGCAAUCCCCUCCACCAAUAUAUUUUUGUAUGGCUGUACAAAAGCAGUUACUUUCACUUUUAAAGUAUCCACAGUUCCCAAUUAUAUUUCAAUAUGAAGAACUCUGGCUUCUUGUUUGAACAAUUCAUGGUCUAAUUAUAUUUUCAGAUUCUGCCUUAUUUUAAAACCACAGUUUCUGAUUCAGGACACAACUGGCAACUGUGGUCAUCAGUGCAAUUUCCAGAGGAGAAACUCAUGUUUCUCUUCUCACAACUAUGUGAGAGGAGAAAAGAAAUGGUCAACCAACAGUACCUGCAUAUAGUGGGAAAUCAUUGUCUCUGAUUACAUCUGAAUGCA